UAUAACGACGGUGGUUUUCACUAUGGCCGACGAAGAACGUGCCGUGUUCUUAAAGCUCGUAUACGACGAGGACGAUUUAUUGGGCUGACAACACCCGUUGUAAUUCGCGAUCAUCGAAAUUUCGUUUGAUUAAUAAAUCGUGCGUGAGAUUAUUGGUCAUUGAAGGUGCGUGAACGAAGUAUUGUAUAUCAUUUUGUAGUGAACGAAGGAGAGAAAGAAAGAAGAAGAAGAAAGAGAGAGAUAGAAAGAACGAAAAAGAAGAAAGGAAGGAAAGAAGAAACGUCGUUUUAUCUCUCUCUUUUGGGGGUGCUUGGUGAUUAUCAAAGAAAAUCAGUGCGUUUUUUAAACGACGACAUACGUGAAUACAUAACCUUUUUCGUGCAACAUAAGAAGAUCAAUCGAAGAAGUUUUAUCGUAUUGGCCAAUCGAAAAAGACCACAGCCGUCGAGUGUGUUAUGACGAGGACAAGGACCGGUGCAAACGGUUGUUCAUCAUUAUUGUCAUCCUUAUUGUCAUCCUUUCGUGGAAAAAAGAAAAAGUUUGUGUCGGAUGCAGUGAUAUUUAAUAUCAGACAGUAGAAACGUUGAAUGUUGUGCGCGAUCUCGCGCCUCUUCGCUGAGACCAAAGCAGCGGAAGCGGUGUCGAGGACGAGGGUGAAGGAAGAAGAGGAGGAGGAGGAAGGAGGAGAAGAGGAGGAGGGAGGAAGGAUUCGACGACCUGUAACGGCCUGGCCGACAGGGUCGUCCAUGGUUUCGACGACAUGGAUCGCAACGCGGGUGACGAUCGACGUAAAGGACCCGCUGGCGAGCAACAACAACAACUAUUGCAACAGUAUCAACUCGCUGGGGGUGAUGCCGAACAUUUCUCCGACACCUACGACUCGCGACAGGCUAAACAACGUGCCUCCGUGAAAUGGCUCCUAUCGAAGGCAUACAACAAUCGAGUACCAGACAACCUUCGCGAGCCAUAUUAUCGUGACCACGAGGAUCAAGAACAUUUGAAGCCGCAGAUCGUCCACGCACUCUCCAAUGCUGAACUUUAUUGUCUUGCUUUGGCGAAUAUUUAUUCUGAUCCAAAUUAUCACAAUCAGAAUCAUUGCGGUAUACUCCAAGCACUGGCGAGAAAGGGCGUGAACGUUGCCGAAUCAAACAAUACUCAGCUCACCGAAACGAUUCUCAUUCAAAAUUCACCAAUUAAAAUGUCCGCUCAUAUGACUGUGAUAGAAGGCCUUAUGGUCUUAUACGCGAAGGAAGUGGUAACUGGUGAUCGUGUCGUGUCAGCAAUACGUCGAUUUGAUCCUCAAGCUGACGUAGAAGUUCCAAACGAUCACGAGAAAGGACUUUUACUUUGGAUAAGCCACGCUUCGCACGCGUUAAUCGCUAAAAUUCAAAGUGAGGAAGGUGGUGGCGAUAAGACAAGAUUACCAGAACUGCCAGCCGCUAAGGAUUUUCAUUCUCUCUGCGAUGGUGUUGGAUUAGCAGCCGUCGUUGCCUUUUAUUGUCCUGGCGAAUUGAAUUGGAUGGAUAUCAGGGUGUCUAAAAGACCUUCUGUUGCUGAUGCCUUGCACAAUCUUUCAUUGGUACAUACUUUUUGUACCAGAUGCUUACCCUAUUCUAUUUUCCAUAUGCAACCUGAAGAUGUUACCUAUAUGAGAGGAUCCAUGAAACCAAAUUUGGUGGUCUUUCUGGCGGACAUGUACAACGUUUUGGAAAUUCAUCCAGCCAAAUGCGUACGAUAUCCUGGCGAAGAAAGGGCAAUGCAAUUCUUGGAUGCGUGCCCGCGCAAUAGUCAUGGCGUAGCUCAUAAAAGAAGUCUACCACAGUCUAUAGCUCCGAUACCUGAUCUGAGAAGCAACCUCUCCGUAUCCGCGCCAGGCUUCACAGUUGCUAAAAGCGUGCCAUCCAGUACUGUGAAGAAGUCGCAAUCUUUGCAACAAACUGCUGAAAGUCAUUCUUAUGAUGAUAGAAGGGCAGGUAGUGAAGAAAGUUUCAUAGUACAUCGUGGAAAAGGUAUUCCUACUUUAAGUUCAGUUGCCGAUGAGAAAAUAAUUAGCAGAGCAGAAGCUGCAGGAAGACCGAGCAAUUGGGAAGAUCAAAGAAGAACUUCUUAUGCAGGUCGUCGAUCAAGACGUAACAGUGUUACCGAUGAUUCUCAAUUGACCAUUGAAAAUUUUGGUGGAUCUCAGGAUAAUUUACAUAACUUUGGUAGAAAUCCAGAUAAAGAGGUAGGAGUGUAUACUGGUAAAAGAAGUAGCACCGAACCCACUUUACCUGCACGUUCAAGUGUUCAGGAUGUUUAUGGAAGCGGCGUUCAACAUAUACUUGCAGAUAAUGGUUAUAAUAAUGAAGAACCAUCCAGGUUGAGAAGACAAGCCUCGAAUUCUAGCUUGGAUAAUGUUGCCCUCAAGAGCAUUUUACAUUCCAGUGAAAAUGAUAAUAACGAUGCUAGUACUACGAAAUUGUCCAGUUUUUCGAACCUCAGUAAACAAAGUAUGGAAAAGGGGAUCAAUCUUACUUAUACUGAUCAAGAUAGAGGAGAUGAUAAUUCAACGACUAAAUCUAAUGUAACUAAUAAAAAAUAUGGUCAAAGUAAUGGAAAUGGUAUUGCUGAGAAAAAGACUACGUUUGCGACAUUACCAAAUACUACAACAUGGCAACAACAAAGCACACAACAUUCUCAACAAAUGGAAAAUCAAUCGAUCGACGAAAAUGGUGGUAACACCGUAAUGGCCUCGCAGCUGAACAAUAUUAGAUUAAAAUUAGAAGAAAAACGUCGUCAUAUUGAAAACGAAAAAAGAAAAAUGGAAGUGGUCAUGUCGAAGCAACGACAAAAGGUUGGAAAAGCUGCAUUUCUACAAGCAGUUACAAAGGGUAAGGUAAAGUCUCCUUCCUCGUCGACAUCUGGGGGGGACAGUCCGGAAGAAAUUGGUCCCCCCACCCCAGUAACCUCUGCAUCUUCGGGGGAGACCCCAACAAGUGUAUCUGAGGCCAAUCCUGUACCCCCUCAACAACCCUCUCAAGAAAAACCACAGAGACCCUUCUCGCUCAAGGAAAUCAGUGAAGAUGUUCGAGAUGUAGAACAUAAAUGGUUGGAACAAGACGGUAAUGCACCAUUUAUUGAAACAAGGCGUACACCGGACAUCGAAAAUAUGGAUUUAGAUCAGUAUCAUCAAUCAAUAUCACUAAUGAACAACAGUCUUAGCGAAAUACAAGCCGAUAUACAACGUUUAGCUAAUCAACAAAAUCAAAUACAACAACAGCACUUGAUGACGCAGCAUCAGCAACAAAUGCAACAACAAUUGCAACAAUUACAAAGUCUUAGUCAGCAUCAUAUGCAACCUUUUGGCAUGUCUCCGAUGGGUACGUUAACUCCGAGAAUACAAGAUUCUCAACAGUCACAGUUUUAUUUACACGAUCAACCGCAAUUGCAAAGGAGAACGUGGGGACAACCACCACCAAGUCAGAAUUUAGCUAAUGAAAUGACUAAUGUAGGAUAUCAGCAACCUAUUGAUUCGCGAUUUAAUCCACAAACAACUGCUUACCAACAAGAUAUGCGUUUAUAUCAUCAAGAUACAAGAAGUUGGAAUACUCAUCCACCUCAACAAAAAGGUUUUGUAUUUCAUGAAACAUCCCAAGAGCCAAGGUAUCUUAAUGGUGGUGAUCAUAGUCUUUGUAAUAAUCAAAUGAAUCAGCCUGUAUCUACUUAUCCAACGUCUGCAUCACUUUUUAAUCAAACUGGAUCAACGACUGCUAGUCCUCAACAUCGUAACGCCAUUCAUCGAAUUAGUCAGUUAAUGAGCGAAAGUCCGGAAUCGAAAAGGCCAACUGUACAUCAUAUUCCAAUAACUUGCGAAAGUCCUACAGAAAAAAGACAAUGUGGUACUUUACAUACUCCUGUUCCAGCUCCACCUGUUGAUGAUAUGAAACCACAAAAUAUAUCAUUCAUUGGAAACGAUGAUGAAGUUGUACAUGGUAUACGAGGUUUGCAUAUUACUUCAGGUAGUCGAACUUAUAGGAUACCAUCUCCAACUAGGCCUUCCAUAUCACGAAAUUCUUUUCAACCUCAUCCAUCGCUUAGAGAAGCAACACCAUCUCCUUCGAGAACUCCAGAAGUUACACCGCUCGAUCCUACAGAUGCAGGUGAAAAAGGCUUCUACAUUUCCUUUGACAAUGAUGUGCCUAAGAAGCCAAAACCAACUCUUAGACUUAAAAGAACAUCUCCGAAGAAGGAAAAAAGCGUAUCUUCUUAUAUAGAACACGAAGACUUCACGGUGCGUACGGAGUCACCGCCUGUUAGUAUAACAGAUAGACAAAAGCAGUUGGAAGCGCAUAAAGAUUUAGAAAGAGAAAGACAACGUCAAGCAGAAGAGAGAGAAUUUUUAAGGCAAGAAAUGAGGGAUAGAGAAUUGCAAAAGGAAAUGGAUAGAGAACGUCAAAGAGAUAGACAUCGUGAUAGUAGCGCGGAAGGUCGUCAAUCAAGUGCCGGUUUAGUUAUUGGAAAGCAAUUAACGAAUCCUGAUCCGAAUUCAUUAGACGAGAUGGAAAAGAAAAAGGAACGUAUAAUGUUAUUAUCAUUACAAAGAAGACAACAACAAGAAGAAAUGAAGGAAAGAAAGGAAGCUGAAGCUCAAGCACGCAGAGAACAAGAGAAAUUAAAAGCCGAAGAGAGAUCGCGUAAGAAGGAAGAGGAAAGACAGAGGAGAGCUCACAUUUUAGAACAAUAUAAAGUUAAGAAAGCAAUUGAGGAAGCUGAGAGAGAAGGAAAAGUCAUUGACAAGGAUUUGUUGAAUGCAAUAAAACCAACCAAAUUACGUAAUAAGACUGCAACUACGCGUCCACGACCAAAGACAAUUCACGUUGACGCCGGUACGGAAUUGGAUUCUGGAGCUAUCACGCCUAGUCGUGGAAAGAAAGGUUCUUCCUCUAAUUUGAGUACAGCGUCGCUGACUUCACCAACGAUGAGGCGAGACUACUACAGAGGUUCGCAGGACAGUCUUACUGCUGCUCACCUUGAUGACCGACGUUCCGGUCCCCUUUAUCGGGGUGGCAGUCUCAGGGUAUCUUCCGUAGAUUCACCCGAUGACGGUAGAGGUUCUUCCCCAUGUCGAAGCGUUAAGCAACUUGGAAGACGUGGUUCCUACAAAACAUCGAGAGAUGUGCAGGAGCCUCAGCAACAGGUUAGAGGCAGGCCUAAAUACCCGACUUACCAAAACUUUAAGGGAAGAAAAUCUAAUUCCUUGAUGAAUUUGUGUGGUUCGAGUAGUGAUCAAGACGGUAUGAUGUGUCGGUACACAGAUACGGAUAGCGGAUUGGGUCGAGCAACACCACCUAGACGUGCACCUAGUCCUGGUAUGGGAAGUAUGAGACAUCUUCCAUCGCCAUCGGGUCCUGGAUCCUUGCCACCUGGUCUGAUGACCAAAAGAAGAGUCUUCGAUGAUGGUAGCAGUGAUAUCAGCAGUACGCCUAGUUCGAUGAUGGAUUAUAGUGGUCCAAGAUUGUAUAAACAGCCUACAACUAAAUCGAACCGCGGUAUUAUGUUAAAUGCCGUCGAAUAUUGCGUAUUUCCUGGUACGGUAAAUAAAGAAGCUAAGAGAAAGGUUUUAGAUGAAAUAGCAAGGUCCGAAAGCAAACAUUUUCUCAUAUUGUUUCGAGACGCUGGCUGCCAAUUCCGUGCUCUCUAUUCAUAUUGUCCAGAUCGAGAAGAAGUAUCGAAGUUGUAUGGUACUGGACCUAAACAAGUCUUCGAUAAAAUGUUUGAUAAGUUCUUUAAAUAUAAUUCUGGAGGAAAGUGUUUCUCCCAAGUUCACACAAAGCAUCUGACUGUAACCAUAGAUGCCUUUACGAUACACGACAGUCUUUGGCAAGGUAAAAAAGUGAAUUUACCGAACAAAAAGAACAUGCCUCUCGUCAUAUAGUUUUACACAAGUGUCACUCUUAACAUUAUGCUACCACGCCCUCUGUUGUUCAUAGUUACUAUUUUAAUACAGGCCCAUAUUAAAUUAAUGCAAAAAUUGCGUUCUUAGUCAAUUUUAUAAGGACACCCCGAUGGAUCGGUGCUGACUCGAUUAUUAAGAAUUGUGUUUGUAUAACGAUUUAUGUGCGAUCUUUUUAAGAUACCUGCCCUCCCUUUUUUCUUUUUCUAUUUCCUUCUUUUAUAAGAUCGCACACUAAUAAUGUUAUUUUUAAACAAACAAUGGUCAUUAUAAUUUUUUUUCUUCUUCUUUCAUUUCUCUUGUCUCUUCCCAUCUUUCCUAUCUUUUCGUUUGUUUAUUUGUUUCUUUUAACAUUUUUCUGAUUUUUUUUAAUUGCGUUCUGAUCUCAGCACCGAUUUUUGUGUCAUAAGAUUACCAAUAUCUACGAUAGGAACGGUUUGUUGCCGAUGCGUAAUAUUCGUGCGGAUUAACUCUCGACAUGUAAUCUUGUAAUCACGUAAACUGCUGUUGUGUUGCAAAUGGAACGCAUGACUGAUAUCAACGUGUUAUUCAUUUUCCUAAGUUUACUUUUGCAAAAGAAGAGAGAGAGAGAGUGAGAGAGAGAGAGAGAGAGAGACAGAAAGAAAGAGAAAGAAAGAGGUAGAAUUAUCGCAUUUUUCUCAUGUUAACAAAAUAAUAAUUAAACAAAAAAAAAAGAACAAGUCUUGUCUUUAUUAUAGUGCAUACAAUGACGUGAUUCGCACAGGUUUCUUUUCCAUCUUUUAUUUAGAUUUAAUAACAAGAAAAAAA